AUGCCUCUUUCAUCACCCGCGUCAGACAGCAAGAUGGCGUCCUCGCCCCCGGGCGCCAUAUCAUCCCGCAAUACCAGCAGGAUUCCCAAUGUCGCUCAGAUGAUGAAACUCCUGACCGAGUUCGCAGCUCUGUACCCGUACCACACCUUCACACGCAAAGAUUUGGCCAACGCCUUGCGUGUCGUGGCGGCCCAAAUACAAGAGCGGGAGCGCGAACGAGAGCAGGAGCGGAUGCAGGAACAGGAGGACCCGAACCUCACCCCGAGAGCAUCGACCCAAGUCUUCACAACACCCAACGGUAAGACAAAGCGCGGCGCAGCUGAGAACUCCGAUUACAUCUCCUCGCCUUUCAAGAGAGCCUGCCUGACCACGCCUCCCCGCAAGGUCUCGGGCUGGACUCCGAUCAACGCUCCCUCGAACGAGAAUGCGCGAGGGGGAAACAGCACAUCACCUUCCUCUAGUGGCGACAGGACUCUCCGACGACCACUCCCGGGUGGCUCAUCGUCUUCUCCAUCGGUUCAGGAGCAGCGGCGGCAGCAGCAGCCGCCCGUGACACCGUCACCAAUGCGUCGCCACCGACACAUGGUUGGCCGCCAGAUCCCAACCUUCUCCAGCACCGCGGCCGGCAGCCACCGCAAAGCGCCGCCCUCACGUCUGGAUCUCUCACGCCCAGGCGCGGCGCCCGCGCAGACCAUCAACCGUGCCACCCACUACGUGGCAAUGCCCGCGUUCCUCCGAGGCCCUGAACCCCAUAUCCCGACCUUACAGCGCAUGUACGACAUGAACCCGCACAGCGGCAUUCGCCUGCUCCAGAAGCCGAUCCACCACUUGCAGCCCGAGGAUAUGUAUCCUGCUGCGAGAAGAGCAGGACUUUCAAGAGGCCGAGUAGAUGCCGCUUUUGCCAACUGCGGCUUUCAGAUCCGAGAGCUCCCCAAGACACCGGCAGCAGCCGGGCUAGCUGGCGCGUUCGACAGGUUCACCCUAGGAACCCCGAUGACCGCCCAGUUCAGCACGCAGUCCAAAAAGAUGCACCUCCGCGCCAUCUCGAUGGCGCUUCACAAGGCGGCCGACGCUUGCCUGGGAGGCGGCACGGGCGACCCCAGAGACCAGCCUACACUCGUGAUCCGUCGUACCGACCGCAUCCUCGGUGCCUUGAACCAUGGGCGCGGCACCAAGAUCAAGGAAACCAUGUUCGACCUGAUCUCGGCGCUGUCGCGCGUCCCUGAGCUGGCCAUCUGCCUCGGCAAGCAUCUUGAACCCCGCGACCUCCUGUCACUCUACUGCGUCAGUGUCGCAUUCAACACCCAGAUAAACACCUGGCUGCGCCACUGUAUGGCCGUCUGGACCCCUUUUUGGGCACCGGAUGCUGCCGAGGUGUUCGAGUGGAAGAAGGGAGUCCACGGUGUCUAUGCACACCUGGCGAUGGCCGACCCGGCCAACCGCGUUUCAGUCUCGCCGGUCACGGACGGACCGCUGCAGAGCACAAUAUUCGGAGGCCAGCUCACACCGCUGCCCAAGAGGGUGCCCAAGAUCCGCUGGUAUCUCAUGGUGUGCCUCCGCGACGACGUGGCAACCGACAUUCUCGCCCACCUGGCACGCCAGGGCUUCCGAUGCCCCCCGGGCACCAAGAAGGCCCUGCUCAAGAUGUGGAUGCUGAUGGACCAGCCGACCAACGCACUUCGCGAGACUCUACUACGCGACCGCGCCGUCUUCUCGGACCAGGACCUGCUGCACUGCCAGCUGGUGCUCGUGAAGCUGGCCUUCCGGCUGUCCGACCCCAUCUACGGCCCCGAGUCGGUGGACCUGCUGGAGCUAAUGCUGGGCCAGCGUAGCCUAUACGCACUGUGGGAGAUGCUGUUCGGCCACCGCUACCGCGACAUCGUGUCGCUGGUGCAGCUCAAGAUCCGCUACGACCUGGGCUUCGGCUGGCAUCUGGGCCGUGACGGUGCCCGAGGCCUGCUCGAGUUCGCGUACGAGCAGCCCGACGCGGGCCCCGUGCUCGGCGUACCGGCACACGAGGUCGGCAUCGGGUACCUGGAGCACUGGGGCGCUCGGGGCACCAUCUUUGCGAGCCUGAAGCGCCCGUCGGAGCUCGUGGCCGACGAGGCGGCGCGGCGCCAGCUCAAGUUCGACGAGCAUCUCAUGGGCUUGGUAAUCUGGGGCCAUCUGGACCAGCGCACAGGCCGCAACCUCGCGCCGAGUGAGGACGAAAUCUGGAUGCGCGACUCGGCGUACAAGAACCGCGCCAUCGACACCAGCACCGAGUUCACGCCGUUCCACUGCCGCCGUGCGCGCUUGGACGAGCUGACUGGGGAUGAGAGAAAGAGGCUGCUCCUGGCGCAGCAGUUGCGCGAGGCGAAGGUUGAGAUGUGGGACAACCACCGUUACGACGAGGAAGACCUGGAUUCGGAGGAGAACUUUCAGCAGAACGAGAGCACGAAGGAAGCGCUCUUAUCCAUGGCGGGCAUCGACAAGGAGGAUCCGGACUUGCGAGUCGACUUCGACGGUAAUCAGCUUCCUCCUGAUGUAGUUCCCGCUUUUCAGCCUGGUCCUCUUACCGCCGGCUUGCAGGAGGCUACCGACGAUGACGGCGAUUACGAGUCGGACUCGAGUGUUCAGAGCGAGAACAUCAAGGAGGCUGUCGAUGAUUGCAGCAAAUUUGCGCGGCCCUGGACGCCUAAGACACCUGAUCACUACCAGCACAUGCCUCGAACCGCCAUGGCCGAGGCAAUGGCUACUGCCAGAAUGCAUGGCCAAGGUGACGAGCAGGAGGACGAUCUGGUGGAUGGCGACUUGCUGUUCAGUGGAUCCUUGGUUCCUGAGGCUCGGGAGCCGCAGGACAUGUGGGAAAUUUUCGAAGAGAUGAUCGAGAGCGUCUUUGCCAACAUGUUCCAAACCGGCUCGGAAAAUGAUGGUGAAGACAGUGACGACAACGAUGACUAUGAUGAUGACGACAGCGACAUCGGAGACGGUGAUAUAUAG